AUGAGCUUCCUAUUUGGAAGCCGGUCUUCUAAGACAUUCAAGCCUAAGAAAAAUAUUCCUGAAGGGACACAUCAGUAUGACUUGAUGAAACAUGCUGCUGCGACUCUGGGCUCGGGGAAUUUGAGACUUGCUGUCAUGUUACCUGAGGGAGAAGAUCUGAAUGAGUGGGUGGCAGUUAACACUGUUGAUUUUUUUAAUCAAAUAAAUAUGCUGUACGGUACUAUCACGGAAUUUUGUACUGAAGAAAGCUGCCCGAUAAUGUCAGCAGGACCUAAGUAUGAGUACCAUUGGGCUGAUGGUCACACGGUUAAAAAACCUAUCAAAUGUUCAGCACCCAAGUACAUUGAUUACUUGAUGACUUGGGUCCAAGAUCAGCUGGACGAUGAAACUCUUUUUCCUUCCAAAAUAGGUGUUCCUUUUCCUAAAAAUUUUCUCUCAAUUGCUAAAACAAUUUUAAAACGACUGUUUCGAGUGUAUGCACACAUAUACCAUCAACAUUUCAGUGAGGUGGUUCAAUUAGGAGAGGAGGCACAUUUAAAUACAUCAUUUAAACAUUUCAUUUUUUUUGUUCAAGAAUUUAAUUUAAUUGAAAGACGAGAGCUAGCGCCGCUGCAAGAGUUAAUUGAAAAAUUAACAGCUAAAGAUGCUCGAUGA